CAAUUUCAGUUGAGUUGACCGUGUCGUUUCGUGUAGUCUGUGUGCACGUAGUGAAUGCUAAAAAUUCGAUAUAAAAUCCGUCGCUUUUUUAUGUUUUAAUUUCUUCUUUUUAAUUCAAUGUAGAAACUUACAUAUAUAUAAAUACCUGAGUAAAUAAAAAAAAAGUGUAUACACAUAUGUAUAUAAAAUAACAGUGAAAAGAACAAAAAUUCAUAUUGCUGUGUUUUUUCGAUUCAUUCCUUUUUGAUUUCAGUUUGCUGCUCCCCCAGAAAAAAAAACAUUUUUUCUAACAAAUUCCCUGCUAACCACAACCUGCUAAAACUUAAGACCUAAAAAAUCUUGUAAAAAAAAAAAAACAAAACAGAACAAAAAUUUAGAUAUUUUGGGCGUGUCAUCGUUUUCGUCGCCGCCGCUCGCUACUUUUUCGUGUGAUCGUCACUCUUUUUUUUUUGUCGUCAUCGUGUCGUCGUGUGAAUGAAUAUCUGUUCGAUUACUUUUCGACCGCGCCACUGCUGGAAAAUGUAGACAAGUCUCUCCCCCCGUUAUUUCCCCUUGUGACAGCUCAGCUUUUUAAAAGGAAAAAUCCCCCCCGACCGACGCCAGCGCCACCACAGCAGGUAGAAGGCCACAGAGAGAAAAAUCAAUUCCGCGGAUAUAGAAUCCAUUUUGGUUUUUUUUUUCUUUUUCUCUUGCACCUGUUAACUCACCUCUCGCUUAAAUGACAUAAAGAAUUAUGAUGUUUUCCCUCUCAAUUUGUAGCCAUUUUAAUGGCUAAAAAACUGAGCACAAGUAAAAUCAAAAUAUAUUGCCGAAUAAUUACGAAAUAUUUGUGUGAAAAGUGGAAGGAAGAAAAAAAAAACUAGUUUUAUUUUUGUGGUGUGUCGACUGUCAUUUUUCGUUCGCUGAACGCUGCUUCUUCUCCAGCAAACAGAACCACCAACAAGCAAAGCAGCAAGUUUUUUUUUUUUUUUUUUGUUUUAUUCUUGUGUUGGUUUUUAUUUUUGUGUAUAUCCAUCUGUUCCAUUCCAACGCGUGCAAUGUUCUAAUCGGAUUAGAAUUGGAAGAGCGAGAUAUGCGUAGUGGUUGACUAGUUUAGUGGUUCUUUGGCUUCAUCUGUCAAAAUAAAAAAAAAGGAAUUUCGUAAUUUUUUGUUAAACUUGUUUUAUUUUUAAAAAAAUUAUGUUUUUUUUGUUGAAUUUUACAUAAAAAAAAAGUGAAUAAAUAAAAGUAUUUUAUUUUUUGUAUUUACACGAAGAGGUGAAUACUGAUUUGGUGUUGUUGUUUUAUUUUUAUUUAUAAAUGUUUGAGAGGAGAAAAAUAAUAAGGAGAAUUUUAUUGCAAUUUGAUUUUUUUUUUUUUGCAAAAUAUAAAUAAAUUUGACAAAAUACAAGAAAAAAACUAAAUAAAAUAAAAUAAAAAAUUUUAAAGCUGUGGAGAAGCAAAUUUAUAACAAACCAGGAUAAUGUUUAAGUGCAUUCCAAUAUUUAAGGGCUGCAAUCGCCAAGUUGAAUUUGUCGAUAAGCGACAUUGUUCGCUGCCGACAGUUCCUGAAGAAAUUUUACGCUAUUCAAGGAGUUUGGAGGAGUUGCUAUUGGAUGCAAAUCAUAUUCGUGAUUUACCAAAGAAUUUCUUCAGGCUACAUCGAUUACGUAAAUUGGGCUUAAGUGAUAAUGAAAUCAACAGACUACCACCAGAUAUUCAAAAUUUUGAAAAUCUAGUUGAAUUAGAUGUAUCCCGUAAUGAUAUUCCAGACAUUCCUGAUGACAUUAAGCAUCUACAAAGCCUACAAGUAGCUGAUUUUAGUUCAAAUCCAAUUCCACGAUUACCAGCUGGAUUUUCACAGUUAAAAAAUUUAACAGUGUUAGGUCUGAAUGAUAUGUCAUUGACAUCACUGCCAGCGGAUUUUGGAAGUUUAACACAACUUGAAUCCCUGGAGUUGAGAGAGAAUUUAAUAAAACUCCUCCCCGAAUCAAUUAGCAGACUAACAAAAUUGGAAAGACUCGAUUUGGGUGACAAUGAAAUUGAGGAUUUACCCCCACAUUUGGGGUAUUUGCCAGCACUACAGGAACUUUGGUUAGACCACAAUCAAUUGCAGAAAUUACCACCUGAAAUUGGUUUGUUGCGGAAUUUGAUUUGCCUUGAUGUUUCUGAAAAUAGACUUGAAGAACUGCCCGAAGAAAUUGGUGGCCUGGAAAAUUUAACUGAUUUACAUUUAUCACAAAAUUUAUUAGAAUCAUUGCCAGAUGGAAUUGCUAAAUUAAGUCGUUUAACUAUUUUAAAAUUGGACCAAAAUCGUUUACAAAGUGUAAACACAACUAUUGGAGCAUGUGAAAAUAUGCAAGAAUUAAUAUUAACAGAAAAUUUCUUAACUGAAUUACCCCAAUCCAUUGGUCGAAUGACUAAAUUAAGUAAUUUAAAUGUGGAUCGCAACGCCCUCGAUUAUAUACCAUUGGAAAUUGGUAUGUGCACAAAAUUGGGCGUUCUUAGUCUAAGGGAUAAUAAAUUGAAGAAGCUGCCACCGGAGCUGGGCAAUUGUACGCUGUUACAUGUUUUAGAUGUAUCUGGCAAUCAACUGCAGUAUUUACCAUAUUCUUUAGUUAAUUUACAAUUGAAAGCUGUAUGGCUGUCAGAGAAUCAAGCUCAACCGUUGCUGACAUUUCAACCGGAUAUUGAUGAAACAACUGGCGAACAGGUUCUGACAUGCUUCUUACUGCCGCAACUAGAAUAUCAACCAACAGUUCCAGAUUACCCUCCCGGUCAACUAUACAGAUCUAGCGAAAAAUUCAACUCAGCCGAACUUCUCUUCGACUAUCAUCAUCCAGGAACUGGAAAAGACCAAGAAUCUGAUUCAGAAGGUUGGGAAGAACGCGAGCAAUCGAGAACACAUUCCGUUAAAUUUUCAGAAGAUUCCAGCACUGAAAAGGAUACACCUUUUGUGCGACAAAAUACACCUCAUCCCAAGGAGCUUAAAGCAAAAGCGCACAAAUUAUUUGCAAAAGAACGUAGUAGAGCGGAAGAAGGAACCAAUUUGGAUACACUGUCAGAAGAGAGUUCAUCAAAACCUUCAUCGUCGGUGAGAAACGAAAUGAAUUCAUCAACAAUGGAAAAUUUAGCAGAAACACAAACCGAACCAUUGCUUCCUACUUCACCAACACAAGUGGUUGUAGCGCCACCUAUGGUUUCAACUACAAAUCAUAAGCCCAAACAAAAUUCUGAACAAGAACCCUUGGUUUCACCAACAACCGGUGCACGCGAGUCAACCGGUUCACAAUCUUCGAAUGAAGAAGACGAUGAUGACGAAUAUGAUUUAAAUGAACGAAAAGUUGGUUUCAAUGUUGACGACAAAGAUGAUGACUUUUACACUAGGCCAAUGAAACUACAUAGAAGAGAUACACCACAUCAUUUGAAAAACAAACGUGUCCAACAUGGAGUUCUUGAUAAACAAACUACCGAAUUAUUAGCAAAUGCUAUGAAAAAGCAAGAGCUUCAAACUAAACAGGCAGUUAUAACGACUGUAACGUCACCCAUUGAAGAAGCUCCCGAAUUAAUUGCUGAGUCAAGUAAUGACAAUGACAAUAUUGGGGCUCCAUUUGAAGCAUCAUUGUCGCCAAUACCACCAUCAUCACAAGCCUCAACCCCAAUACCCGUGCAAAUGCAUGAGGAUGCCCCAGAUGGUGUUACAGAACUGCGAACAGAGCAAUAUGAGAUUCAUAUUGAACGAACAGCAGCUGGAUUGGGGUUGAGUAUAGCCGGUGGCAAGGGUUCAACUCCUUUUAAAGGUAACGAUGAAGGUAUAUUCAUUUCACGUGUUACAGAAGGUGGGCCAGCUGAUUUGUCUGGCUUGAAGGUGGGUGAUAAAGUUAUCAAAGUUAAUGGUAGAUCUGUGGAGAAUGCUGAUCAUUAUUUGGCUGUGCAAGUGUUGAAAGCUUGCGGUACUGUAUUGGUAUUGGUUGUGCAACGUGAGGUAACUCGACUGAUAGGUCAUCCGAUAUUCAGCGAAGAUGGCUCAUUAUCACAGAUUUCAGUUGAAACCCGACCACCACAAAAUGUUCGUCACGACAAAUCCAUCCCACCGCCCAUUGAAAUCCUUCCAAAUGAAUACAAUUAUCAGGAGCAACAUAAUAUGAUGAUAACCACGAAUGCUGCCGCAUCACAACAACAUCAGCAACAGUAUCAGCCACAAAAUGUUGAACAUGUUAUACCUGCCACGACCAACAUAGCUCCGGUUACCACAAAUGGAACUUUAGAAAAUGGCAAGGAACCACCCGUUCAUAAAGUUACCCUCCAUACAACACUGAUAAGGGAUCAAAUUAACCAGGGCCUAGGAUUUAGUAUUGCUGGCGGUAAAGGCUCGCCGCCGUUUAAAGAUAACUGUGAUGGUAUUUUCAUAUCACGUAUUACCGAAGGUGGUUUGGCCCAUCGCGAUGGUAAAAUAAUGGUUGGCGAUCGGGUUUUAGCGAUUAACGGAAAUAAUAUGACAAAUGCCUAUCAUGAUGCAGCUGUACAACUUCUAACCGACCAUCAGCGUUUCGUGCGAUUGGUAUUGCAACGUGAAAUAUCAGGACCAUUAGAGCCUCCAUUGAGUCCUCGUAGUCCGUCGGUAUUAAAUGCAUUAAGCCCGUCGGGAUAUUUGGCCAAUCGUCCAGGAAAUCUCAAUUACUACUUUACCAAAAAAAUUUAUCGACAUCAAUUAAAUAAAACCACUCCAACAGCUGGACUAAAUCGUUCCAUCGGUGAUAUUGCCGAAGAAUUCACCCCCACCACCACCACCACCCAUACACAAUCACAAAAAUACAUCACUCCAUCAUUUGCCUACGAUUCGUCGUCAUCGCCAUCAUCAGCGAAUUAUAAUAAAAAUGAUUCACCAACCACAAUGACGACAAAGACAAAUGGUUUCGACUUGUCGACAAAUCGCAUUCCAACGCCAUCAGGAGGUGCAGCUUCACCGGAUACAAUUGUUGAUGCUAUUACAGGACAACCAGUGCCAGCGCCACGACUCCGAUUGGCACAAUCCAAUUCCAUUCCAUUGGACCAGCAGCAUUCGCCUCCAUCGCAAAAUGGUUCAAAUUCAACACCAACUUCAACAACAACUACAAGUGGUGAUGUUGAAACUCAGAUGGCACAACCCCCACCAAGGCCACUGACAAGUGAUGAUUUCCAAGCAAUGAUUCCUGCGCACUUUUUGAGUGGUGGUAGCCAACAUCAAGUACAUAUGGCAAAACACGAUGGUGUUGGACCAUCAGUCACAGUCACCGUUAAUAAGGCCGUACCGGAUCUACCAAUGUUGCCUCCGGCACCCACCGAAUUAGGUCUCAUUACAGAAACAAUAACAAAGUCGACAUUCACGGAGACGGUUAUGACCCGGGUCACUGAUAAUCAUUUACUGGACCCGCUUAUUAGUGAGGAAGUCAUUUUGCCGAAGAAUCAAGGUUCCUUAGGUUUUAGCAUAAUUGGAGGUACGGAUCAUUCCUGUGUGCCGUUUGGGGCACGAGAACCUGGAGUUUUUAUUUCUCACAUUGUACCAGAAGGUAUUGCCGCUAAAUGUGGUAAACUUCGAAUGGGUGAUAGGAUAUUAAAGGUUAAUGGUGUUGAUGUUUCCCGUGCCACGCAUCAAGAGGCAGUCAUGGAAUUGUUACAACCCGGUGAUGAAAUCUCACUUUUCAUUCAACAUGAUCCAUUACCAGUUGGUUUCCAGCACUACCAAGUUAAUUAUAUACCAACCGAGACAAUUGUUAUCAGAAAAACUGACGGUGAACGCCUGGGAAUGCACAUUAAGGGUGGCCUGAAUGGUCAGCGAGGCAAUCCGGUAGAUCCAACAGACGAGGGUGUAUUUGUAUCCAAAAUUAAUUCGGUGGGAGCUGCAAGACGUGACGGAAGGCUUAAGGUUGGUAUGCGUCUUCUUGAAGUUAAUGGAAAUUCCCUGCUGGGUGCUGCACACCAGGAUGCAGUGAAUAUUUUGCGUACAGCUGGCAAUGAAAUACACUUGGUCGUAUGCAAAGGCUACGACAAAUCGAGUUUAAUUCAUUCAAUUGGCACAGCUGGUGGUAUGAGUACAGGAUUAAAUUCAACAAGCAGUGGACGUGGCUCAAGAACUUCGGAAACUGGCUCAGAACUAAGUCAAAGUAUAUCAAGUUUGGAUCGAGAUGAAGACGACCGUAUGCGACAAUCUAAUUUACAGGAUUUCGAAGUUUUUGCGACAAAAACGAACACGAAUAACGAACAGGUGCCGCUGCAAAGUAAUUUACAUUCAGAUAAUGUUGUAAAUAGUGGAGUUCCUCAAACAUCGCAAGAUGUUGUAGCUUUGGUUAACUCUGAGCAGUCAUUGGUUAGCACGAAAGAAAAGAGCACACCAGAAAAGGUACUAGAUAUAGUUAGAGCAGCUGAAGUAUUAGCCUUAGCCGAUAAUAAUGUUCCACCAAAAUCACCAUCGGAACAUCAUGAAGAUAAAAUACAAAAAACAACAACUGUGGUCAUAUCAAAACAUACAUUGGAUACAAAUCCAUCAAUACAAGGGCCACCUCAAUCACAGACAAUUCACAAGCAAAUAAAAGAGAAAACUCCACUAUCAUCAUCAUCAACACCAAAAUCACCAACUCCAACAAUUGUUCGCCAAAAAGAUCAACCACCAACACCUACUGAUCCCCGGUUUGAAUACAAAAAAAUGGUUCAUAACCAAAGUAUUGGAGUAGAAAGACCAAAAGAGUUGCCAGUCGAAAAAGUCUUUAUCGAAGACGUUGGUGAAGAUGAUGAUGACGAUGAUGAAGAUGACGAUGACGAAACAGCCUCUCAACGUCAUCCCUUCGAAUCAGACUCAGAGGACCAAUACCAUCGAAAGUAUGAUUCCGGUCGCAGCACACCUGACUACAGCCAUCGCAAAUCUGUAAGUUUCGACCUUAGUGCCGACGAACGGUCCAAAUCAGACUAUGAAAGACCACGAACACCCGAUACCCCAGGAAUACCCAUACGUCAAUAUGACUCUGAACAAGAAUACAAUUACCGUCGACGUCCAAGGAAAGGAAUUCUGCGUUCAUCCAGUCCGUCAUCAUCGAACAAUUCCACCCUGGAAAAGUACAAACCUGAAAAACUGCCACCAAUAGUGCCUACGGUCGCUCGAAUUAAAGAAAUCGAAUCACCCGUAUUAGCAGAAAUCAGACAAGAAGGAAACAAUUUUGACUAUGACAUUCCAAGCGGCGGCCGUCGAACGCCGUCUUCAUCCACAUUCGAAGAAAUCGAACGUGACAAUCCAUUCCGUGAAGCAUUCCUAGCAAAAAGUCAACCUGACGAAUAUGAACAAAUGGCCAAGAUAUAUUCACAAAAAAAGAGUUCCCGUGUAAAUUUCGUUUUGGGUAGAAAAGAUCGUUCACUAUCAAAAUCCAACGAUGAUCUGCUCUCGGAAACCUCCUCAAUAACAACCAGUCAUUCGCAUUCCAAAUCAACUGAUAACUUAUCCCAAAAACCAUCUACAAAACCCCUUCCACCUCCAAAGCCAAAAAUUAAACACGCCGACUUGCGGCGAAAUGAAGCCCUUGAAACAUUCCAAAACGCCGACGUUGGUCACGGUGAUUUUGCCGUAUUUGAACACAAUGCCAAAACUAAUACUAUCCAUGAGGUUGUGAAAACUCCAAGAUUCCCCCCAAAAAUCGGCAAAACAGCUCGGCCGAAAGAAAGUCCUCCACCGCCACCAGUGAAUUACGACACUCUUCCGAAACAAUUCGAUUUGAAUCCACAGUACUUAGAGGUCUUACCGCCACUUCCUCCUCCACAAAGUCCAUCGCCAACACAGAAGCCCCAAUUACCACCACCUUCUCCAGCCACAGCUAAACGACCAAAGGACUUUGUCCAUGAAAAUUCACCCGAUAGCAUUCUCGUCACAGAGGAAGUACAUAGGACGAUAUUGUUGCAGGAGAAUGAGCUUCGCAAAUCCCUUGCAUCAUCAUCAUCAGCCACAGCUUCUGAAGCGUCAUCAUCAACAACAACUCGGAGGAGUAACGCCUUAACCAGAAAACAUCCGCAGCAACAUCAGCAAACAUCAUCCUUUCAUCCUCAUCAUCAUCAUCAACAACAGUCUCAUCAUGGACCUAUUUUACUAACAUCCACACAAAUAUUCCCCACACCACAAAUCCUUCCUGUGCAGUACAACAGUUUGCCCAUACCUCAACACACAUCGCAUUAUUACAAUGUCCAACCAUCACCCACCAAUACCACCACAACUACACCAACACCCCAAUCACCUUAUUUCCAACAACAACAUUUAGGAGGCUAUCCAACGACUAUGACGAGUUUUUCAUCGUCCUCAACCAGCUUGGGACCGAUUUCAAUGUCUCCUAUUGUCGUCGGAACUUCUGGUAGUGGUGGUGGUGGUGGUGCAUCCUCUUUACCGUUCCACCAGGUGCAACACCACCAACAACAACAGCAACAACAUCAACAUCACCAUCAUCACUACCAGCUAACACCAGGACGUUUAAUGUCACCACCUACAUCAGCUAAAACACCCAAAUCGGUUUCGGAUAAAAAGAGAUUCUUUGAAUCGGCUAUGGAGGAUCAACAUAAGCCAGCACAGAAACAAGAAAAAGUUUUCUCCUUCCUAUCGAAAGAUGAAGUUGAAAAGUUGAAACAAGAAGAAGAGAAAAAAAUCGCAACAAUAAGACGUGAUAAGAAGACCAGAUUACUGGACGGAUCCAAUGACAUAAUGGAGCAAUACGAACAUAACCAGGACGAUGUGGAUGAUAAUGCAAACAGUGAUAAUGGUGGCGAUGAUAAUGAGAACUGUGAUUCUGAGGAUACGAGUACAACCACUUCUGAAACAACAACAACAAGCACAUCAGCCACAAAUCCGUCCCAAGGAUCAUCGGCGGCAAGUUCAAGUGGGUCACCAUUGAAAAAGCCAUCGUUAUUGCCCAAGCCCAAGAUAAAGGUACCAGUAUUUGCACCACCACCACAACUAGAUACGAGAUUGCCUCCGGUAACAACUCGUAUUCCAGUUCGCACAGCAAAUGCUGAAAAACGCGCCCGAUUGCUUGAAGAAAGCUCAACACCAUCCGAAUCAAGUCAAGUUGAUGCUUUGACAACUUCUUUAACUGCAACUCGUCUUACAAAGGCGCAACAGAAUGCCGAAAAAAGAGCAGCAUGGAGAGCAGCUCGACUCAAGUCACUUGAGCAAGGCGCAGUCCAGGCACAAGAUGUCAUUAAAAAUAUGAACAAAAUGGCUGAUGAACUUUUGGAAGAGACACAAUCACAGCAGAUAGUUAUUUUUCCAAAAAUUGCUAUUAAGUCAAGUCAGGGGCCAAUUGUUGUUCGCGAAAGGGAAAAGGUCCUUGAUGAAAAAAUUGUACGACGAACUGAAGAGGUACCAUGUCCAUUAACUGGACGACCUCAAUUCCGAACUGUUGAAUAUAUUGAAAAAAUCAUCGAAACAGAGGUUGAAACAUGCCGAGAGAAAAUAAUCUCAUUGGAAUUACAAGAUCCAGCUGAAAAGGAAGCAUCAGUAGUAACCAUAUCGGCUAGCGAAGAGGAUGACGAUGAUAAUGCAUCUAUAGUAACGGUCCAUGCAAAUUCUGAAAAGUUAUUCCUUCGAACAGAUGACGACGACCACAACGAAAAUGAAAACAACGACCAUAAUGAUGAUGAUGAUAAUGAUAAUAAUGAUUAUAAAAAGAACAAGGACCAAAAUGAUGAUAAUAUCCUCGAGGAUGGUGAUAUCAUUAAAAUGAACAAAAACGAUGAUGGCGAUUUUCUACUAGACGGUGACGAAGAAAAAGUAUUUAAAAUACUAAACACCAGCACGGUUGUAAAAACAACUACUAGCACCACAUUAACAAUGCAGCAAAAUCCUUCUUCUUCUUCUGAGGAGGAGCCAGGAACAAUGAAAACGAUGGUCGAUGGAGCCUGCUUCCCCAAACACACAAUUGUCGAAGUUAUAAACCCGAUCAUUGCCGGAGAUGGUUCAGCCCAAAGUAUAGCGGUAGGUCGACCAACAGAUUGCAGCUAUCCAUCAUUCGAUAACGACGGGGAGGUGGAAAAUACAUUCCAAAAUAAUGAAAAACAACAAAAGGACGAAGAGUACUCGUCCAAAGGAUACACCAAAAUAAUUUCACACCCCAGGGAUUUUAGUUAUUCUAUAACAACACCACCAACAUCGUCAUCAUCUCAUACUCAAGUGUACGACGAAGAUAAGCCUGAAUUGUCAUUAAAUGCAAAAAUGAAAAAUGUCCUCGAGGAACUGUUGGAGAAUAAAAGAGUAAAGUUGAAUUUAUCGAGGAGUCUUGAAGAGAAAUCCUCAGAUGAUGAGGACGAUGAGGAUGAUUUAGGCGAUGACGAUAAUGAUGAUGAUUAUGGUGAACUCGAGGAGGACGAUGAAGUAGAUGGUGUUGGUGGAGAAGGUAACAGCUUUAUCAAUUACAAGGAUAAAAAUGGAAAUGGUAAUCGAACCUUUGUGCUAUCAUCAUCUACAACGACUACGACGAUAACCGGCGGUGACUCUGCUGAGGAUUCAAAUCGAAAUCAAAUUCAAAUGAAAUUGAAACAAUUCUUGGCACAAAGCAAUGAUGAUGAUGAUGAGGAGGAAGAGGAUGAUGAUGAUGAAGAUGACGAUGAUGAUGACGAUGAUGAUGAAGAUGACGAUGAUGAUGACGAUGAUGAUGAUGAUGACGAUGAUGAUGUAGAAGAAGAUGAUGAAGUUUACGGUUGUCGAGUUUAUACAAAUCCAAAUACCACAAACCCACUUCAUCUCUCACCGUCCACCACCACCACAACCAUUUCGACUCCAGUAGACCUUAGUGUAACAAAUUUAAACAAAACUUUAAUACCCCAACAACUGCAUGUGGUGAUGGCUUCAAAAGCAAAUAGCGGCAAAACAGAUGGUAAAAUUGAAAAACCAGAAGAAGAAAAACUAUCAUCAUCAUCAUCUGAUGAAGCUCUCGAUCUCAGGCUACCAUCACAACAGCCAUCACUAUUACCGCAACCACCACCACCAACGACGACAGCUCCAACUUCAGCCUCCGGAAAUCUAAUAAACCAAAACAACAACCUUAGGAAAACAAGCGAAAACAAUGGCAACCACGAAGACGACAACAAAAAGGACGAUGUAGCUUCUGCUUCUGCUGGAGAAGACAAACAACAUGCGACGUCGUCUCCGUCGUCGACGAUGACUUGGACGAAGACUACAACAAUAACCGAGACGCAAUCGGAGGAGACAUGCCCAUCUUUGUCACAAGGACAUUCAGUGGAUGAAUUGAAGUAUGAAGGAACAGACAUUCAGUUUGACGAUGAUGAUGAUGAUGAUAGGACGAAGCAAACCAGCCGAAAUGAUGGAACAGCAGCAGUAGCAGUAGCCUUGGCCGAAAUAGUUGUUCCAUCAGAGACAAAGAUAAACACCAAUCUAGAUAAAGUUGUCCUAGAUGAUGAUCAUAUAGUUCAGAAACAGGACGAUUCAGAAGAUGAAGAAGAUGGUUACGAAUCAUCAUCGGAGGAAAUACGAAAGACAACCAAAUCUGUGAGUACUACGAAUGGCAUCACAACAACCACAACCACGGUUACAAAGGUCAUCACCAGCAGCGGUAUACCACGAAGUAUAGCUGCCAUUAAACCAUUGUCCUCCUCCAGUUCUACUGCCUCUUCAUCCUCAGCAGCAUCGACAACAAGAGUGGUAAAUAAUUCGAAUAACAACAAUAAGGGUAAAGCGAAACGAAAGGGUCAAAGGAAGUCAAAAUGAAUAUAUCCUUGUUUUGUCCUCUACAACCAUCACAAUAACCGUCCACUAUUUUACUCUCUUCCCCUCGUGUCGUUGAGAAAAUUCUUCGAAAAUGCAACUCAAUAUCUACUCUGUUCUUCAAAGGAAAAACCUCUGAGAAAAACAAACACUUACACACAUACAAACACAUUUAAACAAAUACUCUGAUAAACAAAAGCCAUUUCCAGGAUAUUGAUGUAAACAAUUUUUUUUUUUGUUUAAAGAAAGAAGAAAAAAAAUUGUAAACUAAAUUAAAUUAGAAGCAUACACAAGAGGAGAAAUCAACAAUAAAACCAGAAAAAGCUAAAAGGAUAAAAGAAAACCAAUAUUAUAGAAAAAUCAAAAUACAAAAUUACAAACAAACUUGAAAAACAUCAUGAAGAUACCCUCAAGCGGCAAUGGGGAGAAGCACAAAAAUCGUAAGCUGUGUCAAUCAUAAUGUCCUUGUAGAUUUUAACCAAACUCGAAUCAUCAUCCUGAGGAAACAGCCCAAAUUCAAUAUGGAAACGCUCGCAAAAUUAUUAAGAUUGAUUUUGUUGAAACUUAAAACAAAACAUAUCGAAUUUUACUUUUUUGAAAUAUUUUAAUAAAUUAAUUUUUCGAAGGUAUACUGUUUUUUUUUAUUAUUAAAAAUGUAUUUUAAAUUAAAUAUUUGCGUCCCGUAGCCAGUAUCCAUAUGACCAAGUCCUUAAAUUUUAUAAAAUUUUUUAAAAAUAUUAUAUUUGUCUAACAUUCCACUAUCUAGUAUUUGUUUUCAAAUUUAAAAUAAAAUAAAAUAAAUGUAAUUGUAUUUUGCUAGAUGGCUAUUUUUAAUGUUGUAUUUUUAAUAAAUAUUUUCUUUAAUUAUAUAUGUCUUUUUAAAAAUAUAUAUUUUAAAUAUUUUAUUUUA